ACUGAUAACAACUAUCUGUGUGAAAAGUUUGAAAAGUUUCUGUGUUUUCCUUGAAUUUAUUUUGUCCCGCUCUGAUCGAAAACUCGCAAGAAAUUUUAUAUCAUUCUAUUAGCUUGUAAAGUGUGCCUCCAAUUCGUUCUCUUUUAUCUCAAUCUUAAAUUGAAUGUUACAGUGUUUCCUCCCAAACCAGCUAUAAGUUCUGUCAGUUAAGCAUCUAAACUUUUAUUAGCUAUCGUGCCUUAUCUUAUUUUUCUUACCGUCUACUGAUUACUUUGGGGUCAAGUACCAUAUUCGAAUGAGCAAUCCAGCUGGACAUCUGAAAAGUGUGCGCGUCUUGUACAAGACGAUUCUAAGACUCCAUCGUGGGCUUCCUGAAGAACUGCAAAGCCUCGGACAUCAGUAUGUCCGUGAUGAAUUUAAAAGGCAUAAGACAUGUAAUCCUGCCGAAGCCGCUGUUUUCAUGCAAGAGUGGAGGAACUAUGCAGUCACUCUAGCAGAACAGCUUGGGGUCAGAGGCCCGAAGACAGCUUCUAAGUUUGGUCGAGAUUUAGAGGAACAAGCAUUGGACAAGUUUCGUGAUGAUCAGAUCGCUCAGUUGUAUGAAUUAAUGUUAGCAGCCAAAAAUAUAGAAUCGGAGGAAGAUAAGAAAAGUUGAUGUACCUACACACCAUGUCUUUAAAUGGUUUUGACAGUUAUGAUGAAUAUUUUAGCGCUUGUUGCAAAUUCCUAGGGGAUAAUGAGUGGAUCUUUAACUAUCCUGUGACGGAAAUAUUGGUUCAAGACAUUCCGUCGCUC